AUUUUCUAUAGAGAAAGGAAUAGCUGGUCAAGUGGCAAGAACAGGAGAAGUCCUUAACAUCCAUGAUGCCUAUGCAGAUCCGCGCUUUAACAGAGAAGUAGACCUCUACACAGGCUACACAACCAGAAAUAUCCUGUGCAUGCCUAUUGUAAGCCGAGGAAGUGUAAUAGGCGUUGUGCAGAUGGUGAACAAAAUAAGUGGAAGUGCCUUCUCUAAAACUGAUGAGAACAACUUUAAAAUGUUUGCAGUCUUUUGUGCUUUAGCCUUACACUGUGCUAAUAUGUACCACAGAAUUCGCCAUUCAGAGUGUAUUUACCGUGUAACGAUGGAGAAGCUCUCCUACCACAGUGUUUGUACAGCAGAAGAGUGGCAAAACCUCAUGCACUGUACACUGCCUCUACAUAUUUAUAAAGAAAUUGAACUAUACCACUUUGAUAUCAGUCCAUAUGAGGAUGUCUGGCCUGCCAUUUUUGUCUACAUGGUUCACCAGUCCUGUGGGACAGCCUGCUUUGAGCUUGAAAAGCUAUGCCGAUUUACCAUGUCUGUAAAGAAGAAUUAUCGCCGUGUGCCCUACCACAACUGGAAGCAUGCCGUUACCGUUGCACAUUGCAUGUAUGCCAUACUUCAGAACAACCAGGGGCUUUUCACUGAUCUAGAGCGAAAAGGUCUUUUAGUUGCAUGCUUAUGUCAUGACCUGGAUCACAGAGGUUACAGCAACAGCUAUCUUCAGAAAUUCGAUCACCCUUUAGCUGCUCUCUAUUCCACGUCAACGAUGGAACAGCACCACUUCUCGCAGACGGUGUCCAUCCUGCAGCUGGAAGGGCACAAUAUCUUCUCCAAUCUGAGCUCCAGCGAAUAUGAGCAAGUACUUGAGAUCAUCCGGAAAGCCAUCAUCGCCACAGACCUAGCCCUGUAUUUUGGAAAUAGAAAACAGCUGGAAGAGCUGCACCAGUCAGGAGUAUUAAACCUUAAGAACCAAGCACACAGAGACAGAGUGAUAGGUCUGAUGAUGACAGCUUGUGAUUUAUGUUCCGUAACAAAGUUGUGGCCGGUGACCAGACUGACAGCCAACGACAUAUAUGCAGAGUUCUGGGCUGAGGGUGAUGAAAUGAAGAAAACGGGUAUUCAACCUAAUUCUAUGAUGGACAGAGACAAAAAAGAUGAAGUCCCUCAGGGUCAAAUUGGGUUCUACAAUGCUGUAGCCAUCCCAUGUUACACCACUCUUGCACAGAUCUUUCCUCCAACUGGGCCACUACUCCGAGCAUGCAGGGACAAUCUCAACCAAUGGGAGAAAGUAACAAGAGGUGAGGAACCCUCUAUAUGGAUUUCCUCCCAGUCUCUUGCUCCUGGGACCUCAGAUUCACUUCCUGUGAAGAUCGAUGACUGAACAGCAACAACAGAUUGCUUUAACCCGAAAAGCAUCCAUUCUUGUUUGGGGGGGUGGUUUUUUGUUUUGUUUUGUUUCUAUUUAAAAAAAAAAAAAAAAAAGGAAAAAGAAAAGCUACAACAUGCUAACUGAGAAGCAGAUCUGCCUAGGAAGGUAACACCCAUGGUGUCACCUCAGCUAAAUGACUCUGACAGCCAAUCUCCUGACCUACACCAGUGACACAAGGUGAACAGAGGGAAAACGACAACCCAGAUGUUUUGGAAUCAACUGUCAUAAGAGAACUUUCCACUUGUGAAUAUAAAAGACUGGCCUUAUCUCAUGGGCUACAUUGCUGAGGCCUUAAUUUAAAACUGAUGGGGGGUGGUGAAGUCUUAGGGAGUACUUCUAAAUUGUAUCUUUCUAGUAAGGGUUUCAAUGGUACUUUUAUUAUACCAUACCGUGGCCGGCUUUAACACCAGUGUCACUUGGGAGUUCUUGGCUAUAAAUAGAACAAUAUACCCAUCGCUAUUGUGAGUGUUUAUGUGUGAUCUACUUGUAAUCAGUUUGAACUCCAGCAGAAUCCUUGGAGACGAUAAUUCAUUCUUAGGUUAUGGUGAAUUCUUUUCC